UUUGACUCGUGCUGACCUCUGCUGCGGUCGGUUCCGCUGUUCAUCCCGUCCUGGCAACUAAUACAAAACGCCCUCGGACCCGUCACCGUCACCGUCACCGUCCUGGAUUCUAUGCGCCCGAUCCGCGACAGAACGCUCGAUUUGUCCCUCCCAGAUUAAAGCCUGGUGAGAUUGGUGCGCGCGAAUUUUGGUGGGGUUUCCUCUGACUGCGCUGGUUCGCAACGCGACAAAAGCCACCCACCCACCCGACUCGGAACCAAGCUGCUUCGGCAUUCACCUGUCGCCGCCCAUCACGAACACCGAGCAGCGCACGUGCGAUAACAUUAUUAACGGCCGCAUACCACCCCCAUCCCCCAAGACAUCGCUGGAGAAUUCAUACCGAGAUGAACGUGGAAGAGAAGGACCAAAGCUCCCCUGCCCCGUCGGCGGAGCGCACCGAAGCCAGCCAGGAGGCUAGCGCGGCCGGAGACCAGGCAGAACCGCCCAAGGCCGAGGCCAACGGCGACGGACAUACCAGUGGUGCCGCGGCGCCCGGCCAGAAACCCAACCCGAAGGACCCGUCAAGACCGCGGAGGAAGAAGGCCAGAAGGGCUUGCUUUGCUUGCCAGCGGGCGCACUUGACUUGCGGUGAUGAGAGACCGUGUCAACGGUGCAUCAAGCGUGGUCUGCAAGAUGCGUGCCACGACGGCGUCCGGAAGAAGGCCAAAUACCUGCACGAUGCGCCGGAUGGCGCCUUGAUGCCCAGCAUCCCCGGCGGCGGGACUUUCUACAACAAUGGUGGCGGCAUGCGCAAUAGCCUGCCACUGUCCAGGAAUGGGGCCAAUGCUGUCAAUGCCGCCGCUCGGCAGAGCUCCGGGGCCAACUUCUACCCUACGCCCCAGUCGACGUCCUACAAUGUCUACCAGGAGAAUGCCAUGAACCAGGGCUCCUUUCCUUCCCAAUCCCCCGUGUCCCCGACCUUCAACCUCAAGGCCACUCCGACGGCUCGAGCCAACAGCCUCUCCUCCGUCAACCAGCCCCCGCCGAACCCCGUCUCGGGACCUCCCACCCAGAGUCAGAACCCGUUCGCCGGUCCCUUCUUCGACCCGAGUGACCCAGCCCUGUUCAACUUCGACCUAUCCAGCAUGAACUUUGAGAACCGUUACGGUGCGUUGGAGUUUGGCAUGCUGGGACACAUGGCCACGGGCGCCGGGGACUCGCCCAGCGACUCGGCCACCCAGCGAGGGUCGAUGGGACGGAGUGGCUCGGCACAGUUCGCCUCGACGCCAAUCGCCGCCGGGCCCGGGUUUGGCGAAAGCCCGGGCAACCAGCCGCCGUUCAUGUUCGGGGAUCCGCUCUUGAACGAGUGGCCUAGUGGACAGGCACCGACUCAACCGCACGGGAUCCCGGGGGUCUACCCCCAGGGACAGGGUAGCGCGAUCCCAGCGCACAUGGGCAAGGCGGAUGCGCCCCACGCGUUUGCGAUUGAAAGCGGUCCGGCCAGCUUCAAUAGUCCCGGUGCGACCACCAGCCCGCAGAUGACGACAGGGUUUGAGGAGUCUCCGUUCAACAGCGCGGUAGCCAGCAAAUCGAAUGGGUUGGCUCCCAACGGACAGCGACCGUCCAUCACGACCCCGAGCCUGAAACACCAGAGCCUGCAGGUCGGGACUCGGCGACGCCAGCGGAACCCGUCUGCGGUCUACGACAGCGUCAAGGAGCCGUAUGCCUACACCAGUCGCUUCCACAACCUCACCGCCUUCAUCCAGCGACGCUUCCCUCCCCAGAAGAGACUGCAGAUUGCCAAGGCGCUGGCGUCUAUCCGGCCGUCCUUCAUCGCGACGACCAAGACGCUGAACCGGGACGACCUGAUCUUCAUGGAGAAGUGUUUCCAGCGGACGCUGUGGGAGUACGAGGACUUCAUCAACGCGUGCGGCACGCCGACCAUUGUGUGCCGGCGGACGGGCGAGAUCGCCGCCGUGGGCAAGGAGUUCAGCAUCCUGACGGGGUGGAAGAAGGACGUGCUGCUGGGCAAGGAGGCGAACCUCAACGUCAACACGGGCGGGACCUCGAUGCCCGGCUCCGGGACAUCGUCACGCAGCUUCACGCCGCGCAGUUCGACGGCGGAGAACCCGACGCCCGGGCGGCCGCAGCCGGUGUUCCUGGCGGAGUUGCUGGACGAUGACAGCGUGGUGCAGUUCUACGAGGACUUUGCGCGGCUGGCAUUUGGGGACUCCCGGGGCAGCGUGAUGACGACGUGCAAGCUGCUGAAGUACAAGACGAAGGAGGACAUGGAGGUGGCGUCGGAAGACCACCAACGGUGGAACAGCCACCUGCGCAAGGGCGGGAUUGCCAGCGAGGCGGGGAUGAACCAGCUGGGGUUCAAGGACGGCAAGGUCGAAUGUGCAUACUGCUGGACAGUCAAGCGAGACGUCUUCGACAUUCCGAUGUUGAUUGUGAUGAAUGUGAGUUAUCCCCCUUUGGGCCGAUGACAAUGAUGGUGAUGGCGAUGCUAACCCGCCCCAGUUCUUACCGUGUAUUUGAUCAUCUGUAUCAUGCGUCUGCCCCUGCUUUAUUGUUUAAUGUGCUUCAUCAGUUUCAUACCCGGGCCGGAUUCUAAAAAAAUGGGUCGCUCUUUGCUUUGGUC